CAAGUGGAUAGAAAAUAAUUUUAAUUUUCAGUGUGCCACUUUUCAUGAUUGUUGUUGUUAUUUUUCGCUCUGUUAACACGUCCGCACGGGGCGUUUGGGAGACAAAAGCGGAAACGGCCAAUGGGCGAGCGGUUUGUUACGGUGUAGCUACGACAUUUCUGGGAGAAAAGGAAGGUGGGGCGCUUAUAGAUAUUCAGGAAAUUAUUAUUCCUCCGUCGUUUAUAUCCGAUGAUGUAUGCCGGUGGAUAGCCCUGUAGACGCUACUUGUACUCCUUAGGACUGGUUCAUGUUAGCUCGUCAGACAGAGCAAUGAAAAGAAAGGCCAACCAUCCUCAGGCUCCCAAGCGGAGCAGGCGGGCCGGUGCCGGCAGAGAGAGUGCUGCAGAGACGGGCACAGUGUCGGCCUCUAGCACCCCACCAAACUCUGAGACUGUCCCAGAAUCAGCUUCUCAAAGCAGGCGCCUCACCAUGUCGCAGCACAGCCACAACCUCCUCAAGUUCCUGAAUGAGGACAGGACCCGGCAGAGAUUCUGCGACGUGUCCGUGUCUGUCGGCGGGAAGGUGUACAGCGCCCACAAGGUGGUGUUGGCCCACGGGAGCAGCUACUUCCACGCUGAGCUGUCUAAGAACCCAACAACGGGACACGUGACGCUGGACCAUGUAGAGGACUCUGUUUUCCAGCACCUGCUCAGACUCCUGUACACAUCCGAGUGCGUUGUUGCAGAGAUGGAGCUGCCGGCUCUAACUGAAGCGGCCCGCUUCCUUGACAUGAUGGAUGUGCUGAAGCUGCUGUGUGAAGAGGAGGGCGUCCAGCCAGUAACGGUGAGCCAGGCCCAGGCUGAGACAAGUGGGGCUCCCGAGGUGGAAUCGACCUCCAGCGAACCACCAGCAGAUGAUACAAACGUCCAAAGCCCAGUUGGUGUUCAGUGCUCCGUGUGCAGCCGCAAGUUUAGCAGCAAAAAGUCAAUGCAGAGCCACUUGGCCAAGAGUCACAAUGACACGCAGCAGGCCGACUCCGCUGAAAAAGAGAAGAUAACGGGUCAAAGGGCAGCCACCACACGGAGAUCGGCACGCAGGAGGAGAACACCCACCAAAUAUGAGAGGGAUCAUACGGAGAACUCUGUCAGCAACCUUGAGGAGAACCAAAGGGCCUCGUCGCCGAAAGAGCAAGAGGAUGAAGAGGAAGAAGGAGAGGGAGAAGUGGUUGUGGAAAACAAAAAGCCCAGAUUGGAUGUGAGAGAGACACCGAAACCAGCUCAAGGGGAAGAUGAGGAAAAGGAGGAGGAAGAGGAGGAGGAGGAGGAAGAAGAGGAGGAGAGGGACGUGAAUGAGGAGGAGUUGGCUGGCCAGCAGAAAGCCAGUCUGGUUUGUGCGGCAGACAAGAGCGCGUGUCACCAGGGUUCAGACGUAGAAACGGCGCAGCGACAGACAGCUGAGGAGGCGGGUGUGCGUGCGCCAGCAGCAGGAAGCUCCAGUCAGGCUCCAGUGUACCCUGAGGGUCUCGCUCCCGUCAUCAUCCAAACCUCCAGCAAGAAGACUCUCAAGUGCCCCAAAUGUGACAAAACCUUUGAUCGUGCAGGGAAGUAUGAGAGUCACACCAGGGUGCACACGGGAGAGAAACCCUUCCAGUGCGACAUAUGUCUUCAGCGCUACUCCACCAAGUCCAACUUGACUGUGCACAAAAAGAAGCACACCGGCGAUGCUCCAUUUCAGAAAAAAGAGCACAAGUGCCCCUUCUGUAACAAACUCCAUGCCAGCAAGAAAACCCUGGCGAGACAUAUCAGGAGGUUCCAUCCAGACCACAUCGAAGACUUCCUUAGCUUGAGGAAGAGGAAGAGUGAAGGCUGGAAAUGUGCUAUUUGUCUGAAGACUUUCACCCGCAGGCCUCACCUGGAGGAGCACAUGAUCCUCCACACACAGGACCGGCCCUUCAAAUGCACCUUCUGUGAUGAAUACUUCAAGUCCAGGUUUGCCCGGCUGAAGCACCAAGAAAAGUACCAUUUAGGUCCGUUCCCCUGUGAGAUCUGCGGGCGACAGUUCAAUGACACGGGCAACAGGAAGAGGCAUAUUGAAUGUACGCAUGGGGGCAAAAGAAAAUGGACCUGUUUUGUUUGUGGAAAGUCUGUAAGGGAAAGGACAACUUUAAGAGAGCACUUGCGGAUCCAUAGCGGGGAAAAGCCUCACCUCUGUAGUAUCUGUGGCCAGAGUUUUCGCCACGGCAGCUCCUAUAGGCUUCAUCUCAGAGUCCACCACGAUGACAAGCGCUACGAGUGCGAUGAAUGUGGGAAAACCUUCAUUCGCCACGAUCACCUGACGAAACAUCAGAAAAUACACUCAGGGGAGAAAGCUCACCAGUGUGAAGAAUGUGGGAAGUGCUUCAGACGCCAUGAUCACCUGACUGUCCACUACAAAAGUGUUCACCUGGGAGAGAAAGUCUGGCAGAAAUAUAAAACUGCUGUGCAUCAGUGUGAGGUUUGCAAGAAAGAAUUCAAAGGAAAGUCCAGUCUGGAAAUGCACUUCAGGACACACUCUGGUGAGAAACCCUACAGAUGUCCUGAGUGCCACCAGACUUUCCGCAUCAAGAAGACCCUGACAAAGCACAUGGUGAUUCAUUCUGACGCCCGUCCCUUCAACUGCCCUCACUGCAGCGCCACCUUUAAAAGGAAAGACAAACUCAAGUACCACAUAGACCACGUGCACAGCACCAAGUUCAGCGAGCAGCCUCUCGGGACGCUCAGUGAGGACAAGAUAGUUUCUCUCCCUUAUGAGGAAACCUCAAAGGUGUACCGUGCCGAGCCUAAGUCGGCUCUCCAGAGCGGCCCGGCUCCUGCGAGUGUCUGCGUGCCCGUCACUUUAGUGCCUGUGCAGAUGGCGGGAGUCCCAGAGGGGCAAGGCGACUUGAGCGCUACACCCCUUUCCUCCCAAUCCCACAGCGUUCUGUCCAUGCAGGGCCAAGGACAGCAGCAGACCCCCAGCUACCAGGCGGCGACGGACUUAGCCUUCCUGGAGAAGUACACCCUCACCCCCCAGCCCGCCAACAUCGUCCACCCUGUGAGGCCGGACCAGAUGCUCGACCCCAGAGAGCAGUCGUACCUGGGCACGCUGCUGGGACUGGACUCCGCCUCCUCAGUGCAGAACAUCUCCAACUCGGACCACACUCACUGACACCCUUCAGCCCAAAAGUUGUGGUGAAACCAACUUGAGCAGUGAUGUAAACAAAAUUAAAAGCCAUUCAGGCACCCUUUCAUUUGGGACUUCAAGACAAAGAGAAAUGGCAGAUCUUUGUGUAAAAGUCGGCCUAUUGAAAUGAAAACAAGGUAAAGGCACACCAGGAGGGUGGUUUAGUUUUCCCAGUAACAUAAAGAACCAGACUUGAAAAUCAUCAAAACAUGAACUUGAGUAUUGUAAAGCACUCCACCACACAGCCUACAACUAAAAUCCAAGUGUGAACAAUUGGAAGGUUUAACCCAGAAGACACCAACGAGCGAAUCUUAUACUUUUUUUUUGCCUGAAAGUAUGAAGUUCUGUUUAAUGUGUACUUUCCGAUGCAGUUGUCUUUUUACUUUGAUAAAAUACUUCACAUACAUCAGAUUGACCAAAAAAUGCUGAUUAAAUCCUUUUUCCAAUUACAGUGAUUGAAAGCAUUUAUUUUCAAUGUGGAUUUGACAAAGCACAAAUCCUAAUAAGGGUCUCAGACUGUGUGGCUCAAACAUCCUGUGGGUUUUGCACCUGAAUGUGUUGUGUCCUUUAUAUUCUUAUUCAAGUUCACAUUGGGAAAGGAUUUUAUACACAAAUGAAUUGUACAUAUGGGCACUUU